CCCCGAAACGAUCAAUUGUGCAGUUCGGUGGGUAAUUCCAAACAAACACUGAUGCCAAAAGUAGAAGAAUCUAAAUAAUCCCUGCCCUCAUCAUAAAUCCCUUAAAACAAAAGAACUCCACCGAAAAUUUCAACGACGCAAAAAGUAUUUUAUAUUUAUAUUUAUCAAACGGCUUAGGGAAAACCUUUUUCCUUGAAUUUCCGAUCUCCGCAGAGUGGUUAUCAUUCAGCUGCUAUUAGUUGGGCAAGAAACUAAUGUCAGGCAUGGAGAAUGUCAAGGAGCAAGAACAAGUAGAUGUAAACGUCACACAGGAGUCUGGAAAAUCCAUGCCAUCAUCUCAAGAGGAGGAGGCAGUUAUAAAGAAAAAAUAUGGAGGGAUCAUGCCCAAGAAACCACCACUCAUUUCUAAGGACCAUGAACGUGCCUACUUUGACUCUGCUGAUUGGGCACUUGGAAAGCAAGGUGUUGAGAAGCCCAAAGGACCACUUGAAGCCCUCCGGCCCAAAUUGCAGCCCACACAACAACAAACACGAUAUAGGAAGUCUCCUUAUGCCCCAGCGGAUGGUGAAGGUAUGCCUAGUUAUUGACAUAGCAAACUCCUAGAUGGAGGGAGCACUCAACCAGAGGAUGGGACUGCCAAUGAAUGAGAAACUGCCCUUAAUCUUCUGAUAUUGUGAGGACUAUUGGUUGUUAUUCUAAUACCUAGAUAGGUAAUGAGUAAUUUUCAAUUGUUCCCGUGAAUAAAUUUGGUGAAGGUGUUUUGGUAUUAGUUAAGUUUGACAAGUUACAACAUUUAUGCAGUUGAGAAUUGUGGGACUGAGCUGUCUGUUGUUCCAAGGUUUUUAUGAUGUGGAACAUUAUUCUUCGUGAUAUGAGUAAACCACUUACAAAACGAAGCUUCCCCGUU